AUGUCUCUCGGUCGAACUGUCAAGCUCAACAACGGCGUGGUCGUUCCUCAGGUCGGAUAUGGUACAUGGCAAGCUGCUCCUGGUGAAGUGGAGAAAGCCGUCGAGGAAGCUAUUAAAGCUGGAUACAGACAUAUCGAUUGCGCUUUGAUCUACCAAAACCAAGAUGAAGUUGCGACUGGAAUCAAAGCAUCCGGUGUUCCACGAGAAGAUCUUUUCUUAGUGUCCAAAUUAUGGUGUAACUCUCAUAGACCAGAGAACGUUGAGUCUGAUCUUGAUACCACGCUCUCACAACUCGGUACAAAAUACCUCGAUAUUUAUCUUAUCCAUUGGCCAGUCGCUUUCUCCCCCGGAAAAGAUCUUUUCCCUAAACGAUCAGAUGGUAAAGUUCAAAUGGAUGAGAAGGCUCCUGGAAUCGUAGAGACUUGGAAAGAACUCGUUAGAAUUUACAAAGAGACUGAUAAAGUUAAAGCUGUCGGUGUAUCUAAUUUCACAGUUGAGCAACUUCAAAAAGUCAUAGAUGCUACAGGUGUCGUUCCUGCUAUGAACCAGAUUGAGUGUCAUCCGAGUUUGAUCCAACCUGAAUUAUUCAAGUUCUGCAAAGAAAAAGGAAUUGUUAUCACCGCCUACUCUCCCUUGGGAAACAAUAUUACUGGUAAACCAAGAGUCAUUGAUCACCCUCAAAUCAAAAAGAUCGCUGAACGAUUGGGUAAAUCACCUGCUCAAGUCCUCAUCGCUUGGGUAACCAAACAAGGCUUUGUGGUCAUCCCCAAAUCUGUGACUCCCGCGCGAAUCAAGUCAAACUUCGAAGACUUUGAGCUCUCAGAUGCUGACUUUGAGGAGAUCAACAAGGUCGGCUUGGAUAAUCAAGUCAGAUCAAACAUCCCUUACAUCUAUGACCUCAGCUGGCCAUGUGAUAUCUUUGGUACUCCAGAAGAGCAAGGUCAACCCAAGGCUUGGUAG